GGGACGAAAUAUUAUUUAUAAAUCGGUUAAAAAUCAUAUAAAUGCAGCAUGACCCACAGGAAGCCAAAGUUUUUGCAAAAAUGCGCUUUUGUUCUUGGGCAAGCGCCGCCGGACACCGGCCGCCUAUUCAUUCAUAUCGGCUGUGUCAUAUAUCGGGCAAGCAAGCAGGAUGAAGGGUAGCAAGUAGACGUAGAUUUUAACACGCUUUGGAAAUAACUUACUCGACAUGGGGCUCCAUUCAAAGGGCAUAGGGACCACAACGUGAUGUUCUUAAAGAUGUUCUUCAUUAAUUUCAGAUAGGAGAUGGGUUCCUGUUUAUUCCAGCGGAGCGCGUCCAAAAUUUUAUUAUCCCCGGAUACAAGUUCGCAGAGCAGUCGGAACUGAACUCCCAAGACAAAUAACGGCCGUACGCUUCAAAGAAGACAGGGUCCCAAUUUGAAUUGACCCGAACUCCGAUAUAUGAUCAGCCUGCAAACGCAUUUCCCCUCCUGAAAACCAAAUGGAUGAGGGGGUGUUUGGUGAGAUGUGUAUGGGAAUGGGCGUUAAAGAUCCAGUGGGCCUGAAAACACGUGAUUGCUGCCUGAAAUGAUUUCGUAUUGUCGGCUUGUUCGACCGGAUUUGAGCAUCAAGGGGUUUGCAUCCCACAGAAUCAACUCUUCCAGGGUUGUUCAAGGGUCAAUGAGUCACAUCUACAAGCUUCAGAUAGCGUUGGUCGAUGGGAUGAAGAGGGGAAGGUUGAUGCGACGUAGCCAGGACAUAAAAAGAUCCUUCCUUUCCCACCCCAAGCGCAUCUCAAUCUCUGGAGCUCCGCAGGAACAAUAUGAGCAUACCAUAAUCUAAACUCUCGGGGUCAAAAUUGAUCAAUUGGAAAUUUAUCCACCCAACACCAAAGAAAAAAACCUUUACUCCUUCCUCUGACCACCAUGUCCCUCCCAACUUUCACCGUUCCCUCGCACAAAAUUCACACAUGUCUCUGGUUCGAGAAAGACGCCAUCAAGGCAGCCGAGUUCUACGUCUCCCUCUUUAAAAAUUCUCGCAUAGUCAGCAGCUUCGAUACUCUGGUCACACUCGUUCUCGACGGCCAGGAGAUAUCUCUCCUGAAUGGCGGCACUUAUUUCACCCUCUCCCCGGCAGCGUCCCUUUUCACCAUUUGCGAGGAUCAGGACGAGGUUGACCGUUUGUGGGCGGCGUUGCUCGUGGAUGGCGGCAAAGAGUCACAGUGUGGUUGGGUCACCGAUAAAUUUGGCGUCUCAUGGCAGAUUGUUCCGAAAUGCUUGAUGGAGAUGAUGGGAGAUUCCGACAAGGAGAAGGCAAAGAGGGUUACGGAUGCGAUGUUGAACAGCAUCAAGUUUGAUAUUGCGACGUUGAAGAAGGCGUUUGAUGGAGGUGAUUGAGGUGAUUGAGGUCGCCCCUCACGAUGAUGGAACAACAUAUAUAUAUAUAUAUAUAUAUUAGCAAGGGACAAGAGAGCAGUCUACAGGGAGCUGUUACAUAGUAUGUUUUGGCUUACCCCGCCCAUAGUUUUCAAACCACCUUUUUCUUUUUUUUCUUUUUUUUCUCAUUU